AUGGAAUUUGGGCCUGGCUUUCGUUCCAAGUUCUAUCUUGUAGUUGGGGCGUCGUUCCUGUUUGAGGCGACUGUCACUACAAUAGCGGUUUACUAUGCUAAGCUGCUCGCUUUGCUGCUCUACGUCAUGUACGAUUUUCGAGUCUUUUCUUGGGAUUCGGUCGGUUGCAGGCUCUACUGGCGAUGGGAGAGCGAAAGUGGCGAGCAGAUCAAGAAGGAGGAAGACACCUGCUGUCAUCCGGACGAACGCAACGAGCAGACUGAAGAUUACGGUGCUAUUUGUAACGGACUAACACCCCUUUUCGUCAUUUCAUGUAAAGAUAUCAGAGAGUUAGGACGUGGUAAAGAUGAGUUGCAAAAGUUUCUACAGUCAGUCAUUUACAAGUGGGAACGGUUGGCAUCUCUCGUAGGAAAUCUAGAUUUGAAUACAAAUUCAAGUAUUGCAAUGUUGGAUGACAAUCUGCCACAGAUCAAGGACUUUAGUGAUUUACACAAGUUGCCCAAUCAACUACAUUGGGAUCUAACAACACAGCAGUACAAGUCAAAACAAUGUGUUAAUGGUCACAACAAACACGGCAGCAGCAACAAGAGUCAAGGAAACGGAGACAGCCAGAGACACGGAAAUGGGGGAAGAAAAUCACAAACUGUGUUUGGAUCAAAUAGAAAUGGCGGAUUAAGUGGCGAUGAUGGAGACAAGGACGACGAUGAUGAGAAACGGAGACGAGAGAAACAGAGAGUGACGUCAGAGUGGAUGCUUGGUGGUGACCAAAUGAGUAACGAGGAAGACGAGAGCGAGGAAGAUGACAGUCUCAAGAGCAUGACUACAAAGAAUGACCCUUUGCAUAUGAGCGGUUCUCCUGUGAACAUCAGGCUUAAAGGGAAACAGCACAAACAAAUGAGUCAUGCUUCAAGUGCUCCCUCAGUGAUGCCCAUUAUGAGAAGUAUGCCCGACUGUCAAGAGUACUUGUUGCAACAAAGUGUGGCUCGCUCACACCCACAUCAUGGGCUGUCACGAACAGUAUCAUUCUCUCAAUUGUCUCCUCGUUCAAGAGACAAGCGCAGGGAGAUGAAACGUACUGCGAUGUCGGAGUCAGCUCUUCGAGCUGUCGGAUCAGUUGAUAGUCGGGUGAUGACUAUGGAGUUGGCUUUUAAAUGCCAAGAUCGUUGUGGGUAUGAAGAGUGGAAGGCAUGUCAAGAAAGAGGCUGCAGAGAUACUCGAGAGCAGUUGGAACAUUAUCGAUGUUGUCGUCUACGAUAUCUCAGGAUAACUGUAGGUGUAGAGGAUUGCCGUCGCUGUACAGACUUUGUCUCCCUUAUAUGGACGCAUGCACAGAAAUGUGAACAAGGAGGGAAAUGUCGAGUGUUCAAAUGCCAUCAGUUGAAGAUGAGGAUGCAGGCUGCUAUGGCAGUACCAUAUACUACUGCGGCAACUCAGCCGCUGCCUUUAUCAUCCAGUCUACUUGCCACAUCAUCAGACUUUUCAUCAGGAGUUCCUUCCUUGCAAUCCGGUAAUGAAAUCCAUAGCCUUCCAGCCCACAAGGCCCAGAGUCAAGUUAGUUCAGUGAAAGAGAGAGCCCAGUUUUGGCCUGUUGAUGCUAUGCCUGCUGCUGCUCAGUGCAAGACGUCGGAUCACUACGUUAUGCCACAGCUCAAUGAAGAGACAAACGUUUCUCUGGCAAAUAUUCAGAAUGCUGUUGAUGUCGGUGGACGUGGAGAUUUCAAUGAAGAGUUGCCAACGGGAUUGCCCAUUAGUUUUGAAGAGGUUGCUUUGUCUGAUCGGACUCCUGCUGUUGAACACCUAUUGAAGUUGGGAGAGACAGACCUGCCAUCGUUGCAAAUUGACCGUGGAUUUUGCAACAUGCCUCCUGCCGAGGUGUUGCAGUCACCGACAUGUAUGUUGUCAGCAAGGGAAGAAACUGGGUGUGUAGUACUGUGGCCACUUAACACUGCAAUAUUAACACCAGUUGAUGGCCGAUAUGUCGCUCAAGAGCAUUUCAUAGAAAGUGUUCUACUUGGUCAGGGAGCCUUUGCAGACGUCUAUUUGUGUAUGGACAUUCCAAGCGAACAACUAUUUGCUGUCAAGAAACCAUUUAAUCCUGACACACUUAACCAACGUGAACUGAGCACUUGGGGCUCACUUGAUCAUCACAACUUUGUCCAGCUGUUUGGAGCUGUUCAGCAUAGCGGAAAGAUCUACUUGUUUCAAGAAUACGUAGAAGGUGGCAGUUUGUCAAGUCUCCUGCUUGAAAAUGAUGUUGUGUGUCCACUUCCGGAAAUUCAGGCUUUAGUUUACACGUUUCAGGUCUUGCAAGGACUUCACUACCUGCACGCCCAGAUGAAAAUUGUUCACAGAGACAUUAAACCGGAGAACAUCCUUGUGAAAGAAAACAACGUUAUCAAGAUAGCAGAUUUUGGGUUGGCUAUUCCAAUCAAUGAGAUUCCUUUUGAUGUUGAAAGAUCAUUUCAUCCGGCAGGCACUGACUGUUACAUGCCUCCUGAAGUAGCAAGAGGGGAGAUGUAUUAUUCGAAUCGUGAUGUGUGGAGUGUAGGAUGUGUGUUGUACAAGCUGUUGACCGGAAAGUCACCUCAUGAUCAUUUGCGUCAUAUGAAGUCGCUUAUAUUUGUGAUUGGUAGGAAUGAAAAUGGCCCAGAUAUUCCACCUGGAUGUUGUUGCGAGUCUGUGAUGAAGUUUUUUCGUGAUGUCUUUGUGAGAGCAACAGGCCGUCCAUCUGCAAUCCAACUUCUCACUCACGAGGCUUUUGUACGACCGUUCAAUUCACUUACUACUUCACCACUGCAGAGCCCAGAGCCACAAGUCACAUCAAUCACCGAAGCAACGUACACAUGUGAUCUUGUAAAUGUCAUGCAGCCACAAUCAACUGACCCAGUAGAAGCAACAGAUCCUUGGAAUGCACUUGACCCUGCAGCUGUCAUGCAGUCACAGCCAACUGGUCCAGUACAAGCAACAGAUGCUUUGAGUGAUGAAAGCAUUGAAAGUAACGAAAGAGAACUGAAACAGCCAAAUGAUGUUGAGAAGGUGGAUUCUAGUCGUGCAGCCGUGUUGUUAGGAGAAUCAAGGAGCAGACAAGAACUACCACUUGUCAGUGAUGUUGAGUCUAGAAGUGACGAUGUAUCACCUGCCACCAAUUCUGUGGGUAACCUAGAAGUCAGUCCCAUGUUGUUUACGUCACCUCAGUUAUCAAGUGAUCAAUCUGAAGCAAACAAAAUCGAGUUGCAAGCUGAGCAACUUGUUGAAAGUUUUCAUAAAGAAGUAGAUCCCAUUGUUGAGUCACCAUCUCAGUCAGUUACAAGCAUUGCACCGAGUGUCUCUGAUAGUGCGACUUCUGUGCAGUCAGUUACAAGCACUGCACCAAGUGGUUCUGGCACCAUAACUCCUUUCCAGUCAAUCACAGAUAAGUCAAUCAGGAAUGAAGUAGGUGCAGCUGCAGCCACUACAGAAGCCUCAAAUAGUGAGGAAAAUCACCAACAACAUAAUCAACAACCAACUGAGGAGACAGCAUGUCUACAAAAAUCUGAGAUGUAUGAGGAGAUAUCAACUGAACAACCGGCAAACGAUAACAAGACGUUUGGUAAAGGCAAACAAGCAAACUGGCAACAAGUAGAAGAGAAAUACCUUGGGAUGAAUGAAGAUGUACACAAAUUGAAUGAACCAAGUGACAAUCAGUCAGACGAGCUUGUGCGAGCCGAGUACUUUGCUCAAAAUCAACCACGUAGCCGUGAAUCGUCUCUGAGUAGUGCGUUUAGUCGUGAAGAUGCCGAAAGCCUACAAGAGUACAGCCGACAUUCAAUCAGCAAAGAUGGACGUCUCAUUCGUCGAACUAGCUCUCGACCACAUAGUCGAGUUUAUCAUCGCAGUCAGAGCUGUAACUUUUCGGUGUUAAGUGCUCCCCAUCAGAUAUUGCAACGUGUGUCAUCUUGUGAUCCUCAGCAAGGCAAUCAAGGGAGCGGCAUUCAGAGAUCUGGAGCACACGUAUCUGGUGUUCAGCAAUCGCAUAAUCAUUUGCCGCAGCAUGAUGAUGGUAGGGAGGUGUUUGGGCCGAGAGGUAACGAUAGUCCCAGCAACUACACGAACACAACUGGCAGCUUCGCCACUGCUCCUAACGCAUCAGAGGCAAUCGAAGAAGAGGUCAGUCCAGCAAUUGAAGAAAGCAGCCAAAUUGAGUCACAAACCUUUCGCAGGCAGAUUGGCCCUGGCCCCUUAUCUCCUGCUGAUGUACGAGAGGCUUUUACAGAUAAAGGUCAAAUGGAUGGAAAAGGUCGUGCCUUGGAAUCUGGGCAACAGCAAGAGACUGGCUCGUAUUGUGACUUCUCAAAUAUCAGUAACAAAGUGCUUGAAGACUUGCGCCAGCUGCCUGUAGGCAUGUCACAGCAAGGGAGAGCUGUUGUUGCCCCAGAAGCGGGAACCGAACCUACAGAAAUGGCAUUUGGAAGGGCAUCUGUAGUGGUUGGGGCAUCAAGUCGUUCGUCAAGUUCUGUUGUUAGCAGUUGUGCAACGGACAUUGAAUAUGGCAGGCAGAAACCAGGUCAACACGUAGAGUCAAAUGCAGCUGACAGAGGUGACAGUACACAGAGAUCUCAGAAACAGACAGUCCCAGCAAUUGAAUCCAGUCAUACCAAGACUAAAGCAGUUCAGCCAGACUAUAUUCAAAUAGAAGUGUUUGACAGCCAUUUGCCAACACAAGCAGUGUUUAAUUGCAAGUUACGAUCUCCGAUGUCAGCAAUAGAACUGGUCAAGUACUUAGAGGCAACAGUCAAAAGAAAGAUGCCCAAUGUUUGUUCAUUCACUCUUGGAUUAGUCGAAGAUAAAGCAAUCCAACCAUUGGACAAGAAACAUAUGUUCACAUUGGGCAUGAGCAUAAAAGUUGCGAUCGUUCCUGUCCUGGAGGGUGACUUUUCCUUCAACUUCUGGUUCCUGGACAGCAACGGAACCAUCCAGAACGAGCCAACAUCUCCAAUGGCAAGUGUGGUGUAAAUGGUUUCUACAGCAAUUAAUGAUUUUUGAUACACUGAUGGUCAUCUUGUUCAUGUUAUGGUGUAAAUGUAACUCAACCACAUAGACAUAUAUGUAUACCAUAUGUGGUUCAAUGGUUAUUCCAUUUUAUUGCCUUUAUAGCUCAUUUGCUGAUAGUGUUUUUAGAUAUUAGUUACUUUAUUUGCGACCUUUUGUUUUAUACAUUUAGCUACUAAAAUAUAGUGAGACCAACUGUACCAUUACGUACCACAUUGAUUGAUUAAAGUGUAUGCCUGUAGAGGCCUGUAUACCUCACAGGUGUGUAGA